GCAGCGGGCCACGAUUAUCGACUGGACGUGCUGAUCCGACCCUCCGCCGCGCGUCAUGAGCGGUUACCUGCACGACCUCGAUAAACGCCAGCGCAGUGCUCUGGAGCAGUUUCGCACGGCGGUGGUGGAUGUCCGGCGUCCGGAUGACACCGACGCCUACUUGCUGCGAUGGUUACGAGCACGUGAGUUCGACACUGCCCGGGCGGAGCACAUGUUUCGCCAGCAUCUGCGAUGGCGGCAGCUGUGUGACGUGGACAGCCUGCUUACCGACUAUCAGGUGCCCAAGGUGAUGCGCGAACACUUUCCGGGAGGCAUCCUCGACUGCAAUCCCAAGGGACAUCCAGUCUGGUUAAUAAAUAUCGGCAGUGUAGACAUCAAGGGUUUUCUACAGGUGCUCUCCCCGUCCGAAAUUUGCCGGCACUGCAUGUACCUGCUCGAAUUGCAGGAGAAGAUCAAGAGGGAGGCUUCGCGCAAGUUGGGACACUCGAUAGAUACCCAGUACAUCGUUGUGGACCUCGAAGGUUUCUCUAUUCGUCAGCUGUACUCUUGGCAAGUGAUCGAGCUCUUGACUGACCUGCUCAAGAAGUACGAGGCCAACUAUCCAGAGUCCCUUGAAAAGGGAUUCGUCAUUAAUGCGCCCAACUUUUUUCCGGUACUAUGGAAAAUUGUCCGCCCAUUUCUGACGCAGCGGACGGUGGACAAGGUGGCCAUCUAUGCCAAAGAUGGCUGGAAGGACGACUUGGUCAAGUACGUGGACCUGACCAAGCUGCCGGUCCAGUGGGGCGGAUCUCUGACGGGACCUGACGGGGACCCGCGGUGUCCGCACUUGGUGUGCCCCGGCGGCGAGGUUCCCGACGAGUACCGCAAAGAUCUCGCCUCCAAGCAGCUGUGGGGCCGCCAAGGGGUGCAGCAAUUGAGCGUCGAGCGCCGUGACCGCUUCGAGCUCGCCGUGCUUGUGGAGCAGGCCGGCUCUCGGCUUAUGUGGACUUUCCAAACGGCCAAGGGAGACCUGGCUUUCGGGUUGCGCUUCCGACCAUCGCCACCCAGUGGCGCAGGUGGGGAGGAGCAGCUGCUCGAGGUGGAUCGCGUUCCUUCCUGCAGCCUGAUACCCGAGCAUGGCUCACACGUCUGUACCAGGCCCGGAACCUAUUUGCUGCAGUUUGACAACUCAUUCAGCUGGCUGAACAGCAAGGUCGUGGCCUACGAGGUGAAGAUUGUGCCGCCGCCUUGACAGCUCGAGAAAUUACGGCGGCCGUUCGCAGGAGCACGGGCUCACUAAAACCACUGGCAACAUAAUUAAACCUCUAGGCUCAGGCAGCACAGCUUCACACCUGAGCCGCAUAGCCGACAGUGGUGACGACAGUGGGACGGUCGCUGCAGCCGCCAGUGGGGUCACGUGAAUAGUAACGAAGGCCGAACUCCCAGCCAUCUCUGUCGCUGAAGGCGGCGUGCAUCAAGCCCAUUCACGCGACGGCGAUUGUGAGGAUCUGAUGCAUCAGGGUUCACACAUUCCUCACGCCACGAUGGACUCGCCCCUGGCCUUCAGAUGCACGUGAUUCUCCUUCAUUCCUCUGCUUCCUUCUCCUCAAUUCCAGAAGAAAACUUUCUCGUGUGUCAAUAAAAGCGUAUAUUUAUUGUUUAA